UCAGCCCUGGGCAGGGUAGGAUGGAGAGGCAGGGACUGGAGGCACAGACACGGUGAUAGCAGCCAGCACACAAAGGACCCAGCCUGUGCCGACGUGUCCGGAUCCUGCCCAGGUAUUUCUAAAGCUCACCCCGGAAACAAUAAGAAAGUCGUUAUCAGGAUGCCCCUUGAAGACGAUGGGCCAAGUUGGAAGAAGAGGGCUGAAGACAUUAGAGAUAAAUACGAAUUUCGGGAUGUCCUCGGAACGGGGGCGUUUUCCGAGGUAGUUCUCGCCGAGGAGAAGACGACGCAGAAGUUGGUGGCGAUAAAGUGCAUUCCGAAAAAAGCGCUGGAAGGGAAGGAGACCAGCAUUGAAAAUGAAAUCGCUGUACUGAGGAAGAUCAAACACGCAAAUAUCGUGUCGCUGGAGGACAUUUACGAGAACCGGAGUCACCUGUACCUCAUCAUGCAGCUCGUGUCGGGGGGUGAGCUUUUCGAUCGGAUCGUGGAAAAGGGUUUCUACACGGAAAAAGACGCCAGCCAGCUCAUCCGGCAAAUACUGGACGCCGUCAAAUACCUGCACGACAUGGGCAUCGUCCACAGGGACCUAAAGCCGGAGAACCUGCUUUAUUACAGUCUGGACGAAGACUCGAAAAUUAUGAUCAGUGAUUUUGGGUUGUCAAAAAUCGAAGGGUCGGGAAGCGUGAUGUCAACAGCCUGCGGGACGCCUGGAUAUGUUGCUCCAGAAGUGUUGGCGCAGAAACCUUACAGCAAAGCUGUUGACUGCUGGUCCAUUGGCGUCAUUGCCUACAUUCUGCUCUGCGGUUACCCCCCGUUCUACGACGAAAACGAUGCCAAGCUCUUUGAACAGAUCCUGAAGGCUGAGUAUGAGUUUGACUCUCCGUACUGGGAUGAUAUUUCUGAUUCAGCGAAAGAUUUCAUCCAGCAUUUGAUGGAGAAAGACCCCAACAAACGCUACACCUGUGACCAAGCCCUGCAGCACCCGUGGAUCGCCGGAGACACGGCUCUGGAUAAGAAUAUUCACGAAUCCGUCAGCGAGCAGAUCAGAAAGAAUUUUGCAAAAAGCAGAUGGAAACAAGCCUUCAAUGCCACGGCCGUGGUGCGGCACAUGCGCAAGCUGCAGCUGGGUACGAGCCAAGAAGGACCUGGACAGACUACUCCCACCAGCCCGUGCCACGGGAACCUUCUAACGCCCGGAGAGAACCACGGUUCCCAUCAUGAGAGCUGCCAAGACUGCUAUAGUCAGAAGUCCAUGGAGAACAACUCGUUGAGUUACAGCACCCACCCUUGCCCCCAGUCGAACAGGGUCUAAUGUCCUGUGAAAUAUUUGUCUCUGGGAUACUGUAUCGUUGGAGGUGCGGACCUCGAAACCCUGGCCUCGCGGCUUGUGAGAGCAAGAAUGGGCCAUACCAAUGAAACCACGGGGGUGGGGAGGGUGAGGGAAGACAGGGAAUGGAAAGGUGGAAGAGCAGGCCUUCGCUUACUUUGUUUAGCAACCUUAAAUUAUUAUAUGCUCCUAUAUAAUAAAACGUCGGCCUGGUGGGAAGAGCGUGAAGUUUAAAGGCUACCCUUCUUGUUAUUUUGUAACAUGUUGCCUGCUCGUUUAUGAUCUGUGGGGGUUGGGAGUGUUUUAAUUUUUUUCCGUAUUACAGUGAAGAAUUGCGUUCAUAAAAGCUCUUGCUGCUCUUUGUUAUUAU